AUGAGUCCAACCAGGGACUUUUGGACGGGCUCAAGCUCGGGCUUAGAGAUACCCGGUCCAACUCGGCCGUUCCAAACUAGUAGAAAAUUUUAUAGUGUUGGAUCGAAUCUUGUUGAUCAUGGAAUUAAACGGUUAAUACAAGGCGGUUCCAAUCCCUGGUUAGAACAUAGGUCCCAGUUCGGAAAAGAUUUCCGGAAAAUCAUGGGUCUGUUACACUUCCACCCAGGGUAUGGUCCUGUGAUCCGCACCCGAC